AUGAUCGCACUUCUGGCGCUCCUCGUUGCUGCUCAAGCAAUUGACACCAACGCUUUUAACAAUCUGAGAAUCUAUCAGGUGAUGGUCUCUUCAUUCCAAGAUGGUGACCCCAACAAGGGAUAUGGGACUGGCUAUGGUCCAUCAAGUCACAAAGGUGACCUCCGUGGUAUCAUCAAUGCCCUUCAGUACAUCAAGGACUUGGGAAUGAAUGCACUCUGGAUGACACCAGUAUUCAACUCAAAUGGUGGCAGUCAGCUCGACUCGACUGGAUACUUUGCUUACGACUACUUCAAUGUCGAUCCCAAAUUUGGCACCAACGAUGAGUUACAUGAGCUCAUCAACAAAGCACACGGUCUUGGGAUCUACGUCAUUCUUGAUGGUGUUUUUGGACAUCAUAAGGGUGGCAAUGUCGCGGCAUCGCCAAGUGGGAAGUACCCAUCUGGUGGAAGUGACCCAGUCAGCUAUCCAGGCUCACUUGACUUCUACAAGGAAGUGGCAACUUACUGGAUCAACAACUACGAGAUCGAUGGGUGGAGACUUGACCAAGCUUACCAAGUAUCAACACGCAACCAGGACAGAAACUACUGGAAGGACAUCAGAGAGGCCAUUGAGUCGACUUGUGACUCACGAAAAGGACAAGGAAAGACUUGGGGUACACUUGGAUACAUGGUCGGUGAAAUAUGGGACUCAGUGAGCAACAUCAACAACUGGGGGUAUUAUGCUUCAGGAGGAUACGGACUCAGAAGUUGCUUCCACUUCCCAGGAAGAUACAAUUUGGUGCAGACGUUGGCGUGCGAAGAGUCAGGAAAGGGAGGUUAUGAUGCUUCCAACUUGAAGGGCAUCUUCGAUUGUGGCUACCCCGACUACGCUUAUCCAAACCUUUUCAUCACAAACCACGACUUACUCAGAUUUGGCAAUUUGAUCAGAAAGAAAUACGGAUACUCACAAGGUAAUAAUGACUACUGGGGCAGACACAAAGCGGCACUUGCUUUCCUUGCUGCAUACAGUGGACCAAUCACCGUGUACUAUGGUGAUGAAGUUGGAGACAUCGUCGACUGUUAUUACAACCCAGGUGACUGCGGUGCAUACAACGACAACGCAGCAAGAAGUGAUGGACACAUCUCAGGCUUCAACUCACAACAACAAGACUUGCACGACUACGUUGCAAAGUUGAUGAAAAUCCGAGCAGAGAAUUCAGCAUUGUUCAAAGGCUCAAGACAGAACCAAAAUGCGAGUGGUGCACUUUUCAAAGUCGACAAGGUUGACGGGUCGAACAAAGUACAGAUUCUUAUCAACACAAACAACAAUGAAUAUGACACUCAAUGUGGGUCUGGUGUUGAUUUGAUUACAGGCAAUAGUUACUCUGGAACUUGCCAUAUGAAAGCUUUCUCAGCCAUCUUCCUUAAGAUGUAA